GUUGUCAAGUUUUGCAUUCGAAAACGUCAAUCAUGGCAAUAGCAAACUUCACGUAAAAACACAGAUAAAAGUUACGUUUUUACUACUGGCAAAUUUUUCUAUCUCGCAAAAGUAAGAUGUCUGUGGAUGAGCUGAAUGGCUCCGAGCUUGGUACCAAAGAAUAUUGGGACAACAGCUACGACCGUGAAAUUAAAAACUACAAAAAUUAUGGAGAUGUUGGUGAAAUUUGGUUUGAUGAGGACUCCCAGAUUCGCGUCAUAAACUGGAUAAUGAAGCAGGAUAAUUUAUCAACAGAUAUAAAGAUAAUUGACAUGGGAUGUGGCAAUGGCAUGCUUCUAAUUGAAUUGGCACGCGAGGGAUAUACCGACUUGCUUGGCGUAGAUUACUCUCCCAAUGCUAUUGAGUUGGCCAAACAAAUUGCCAAAGAUCAAGAAUUGAUCAUUCGUUACGAGGUUGCUGAUCUGCUAAAUAACGAACUUUUUCUGCAACAAAUUGACACUCCUUUCGGCAUUGUGCAUGACAAAGGUACUUAUGACGCUAUCAGCUUAUGCCCGAAAAAUCCAAAGGAAAAACGAGAGGCUUAUAUUCGUACAGUUCAUAGUAUUAUGGAUGAAAAAAGUGUUUUUAUUAUAACAUCGUGUAAUUGGACUGAAGAUGAACUCAUAAUUAGUUUUGUUGAUAAAUUUCUCAAGAAAUGUACAAUUCCCACACCCUCGUUUAAAUUUGGAGGCAAAGUUGGAAGUGUAGUCAGCUCCAUAGUUUUUACUAAGAAAAUAAGCUAAUAAAACUUGUCUGAAAUAAAAUUUGUUAAUUAAGAACAUCUGAUGCAGAUACAUAAAUACUGUCCAUGGAAUCACGUUUUCUUGCGUUAAUAUACAUAUAUUCCAUGGAUAAAUCUUUGGCAUAAGUUCAGAAUAAGGCCCGUUAAGCUGGAACAAGACAAAAAAAAGAGGGCGUGGUCCGCCCUUUUUUCUAAUUUACAUGGUAUACAAAUUUUUAUGGCAAACAUAUUUUCGGGGUAAUGGUGGGGCGAAGGGGGAAUUUUCGAAAAUUUAAAAUGACCAUUAUUUUGAAAAAUUCCUGACCGAAUUUGAAAAAAUGGGUAUCGUUGGUAAAAAUUUUACCAGCAGGAGAGCCCAAAAAAUGAGAGCGUGAGAACGAGAGAGAGCUGCUAGUUCCUGCCUUGAUAAAAAAAAAGAAGGUAGUUUCCAUAAACAACUUGACGGAUACUUAGAUCUUUGAAGCUUCAUAAUAACCCUGUUCGCGUACGCACUAUCCAGUAAAAUCCAGUACUAAUUUUACUGGUUUUUACUGGAUGUCGUUUUCGUACGUAAAACUUGCAGCAAGGCGAAUUAAUAUAAGGUGAUAGAUCCCCCACAUAUGAAGGCACAAAGUGACGGGUCAGUGCAUCAAGAGCAACGCCACGUGUUGUAGAGAAAUCUUUCGUACCGCACACGGCAGCAAUUCUUUGAAGUUUUGCAAGCAGACUUCUCACGCUCUUGAUUGAGAAUCUGCUCCACCAUACCACUGUUCCUCGUCAGAUUUCCACUAUAAUUUUGUAUCCAGUGUUACUUAUAGAUACUUCACUUCCGGAGAAUUCUGAAUUGUGACUCCUUUCAUUGUAAGCGCAAUGAGACCAUUCAACCUUCUCCGAAUCCUGGUUUCGGACUAUGCUUUAAUGACGAAAUAACUAACAUUACAUCUUCUUCGGACUAUUUAACAAA